AAUAUGUUGCCAAGUUGAUUCGAUUGUUUAACGUCAUAUAUGCACACGUUGUAUGUAUGCGAUAUAGCAUUCUAAAGCAGAGUGCAGGUGACAAGUGUGAAACGUGAUGCAAUAUAUGAUAAGGCGCACAAACUUACUUCAAAAAUGCCAGAAUUACCACGUAUUACAAGAUCAUUGCGAAUGUUUACAAAUCUUGGUCGUAUUAAAAGUACAAUUGAAUUAAAACCAAAUGAUUUAUUUAAAAAGCAAAAGGAACAAAUUAAAUUACAGAGUGAAUUUACCUGGAAUGAUUUAUAUCAAACUGUAUCCAAAGAUGUCCAAUCUUAUCUUAAUGAAUUACGUAAAAUUAUUGAACAGUCGUUUGAGGAGUGUCCUCUUGAGCUGAUCAAUGAAUUUAUAAUGUUUGCUUUAAGUUUAUUGAUUGAUGAAAAUCUAUUAUCUAAAACAAAGUUUGAACUCUUGAAAGAAAAAAAUGCAAAUUUAACAUAUGGAGAUGCUAAUGCCAUAAUGAAGAUAAUUAUCAAAAUUCGUGAACAAAUAAAUGAAAGUACUUUAAUGCUUUUAAAAGGCGAAAAGGAAAAUGUUAAUAACAUUGAAAUAUCGGGAACCGAUUUAUUUGGUAAAAAAUUUGUAUGUAAGUCUCCAAGGGUACUAUGGCCAGACACCGCAAAGCUCCAUAAUAUGUCUUCAAAAAAUAUAAUUCAAGGCACUGACUUUACAAUGAAAUAUGAAAAUGAAAUUUCAAACCCACUCAAAAUGAAAUUUGAUAAAGCAGUAUACAAACAAAAAUUGAAUUCAUGUUACCUGAGGUAUUUUUCAGAUAUGACUUUUGACCAAUUUGAAACAGUUAUACUUAAUAAAUUAAAGAAUUCUAAAAACUUGCAACAUGAGUUAUUUGAAUUUUUAGGCAUUGAACAUAUAGAACUUAUACAAUAUAUUAUACAAAAUCAAAACAGUAUUAAAGCUUUAAAUACUGGUUUAAAAAUAAAGAAUCAAUCUAAUGCAGAUAGCCCGGUAAUUGGUUGUCAAGUAAUUGUACAAUCUGAAAAAGAAAAAGUAUUAAAAAAACAAAUACAAAAAGAGACUAAAAGAAUUAUUAAGAUAUCAAAUAAGCGUGAUGGAAAAGGUAAUUUAGAAGGAAACGGCUUAGAGUCACGUGACUUGCAUUUAAAACAAAGAGAAGCAUUGAUAGAAAUGCACAUGCCUAUAUUGAAAAAAGAUAUUGCUCCAGAUAAACCUAAUUUUCCAAAUGUAUUUGACUCCAAUGUAUCUAGUGGAAAUCCUUGUUCUAUAUCAGGACAAAGAAUAACGUUACCACAAACUGUUCAGAGAAAAGAUACACAACAGUAUGAGGAAUUUCAUAUACCUAUUCCAGAAGCACAACCAAUUGACGUUGACUAUGAUCCUGUUAUGAUAUCUACGUUAGAUGAUAUUGGGCAAAUGGCUUUUAAUGGUAUAAAAUCAUUAAAUCGAGUACAAAGUAUAGUAUUUAAUGCAGCAUAUCAUACCAAUGAGAAUUUAUUAAUUUGUGCACCAACUGGAGCUGGAAAGACAAAUGUUGCUAUGUUAACUGUUGUACAUCAAUUAAAACAACAUAUUGAACAUGGCCAAUUAAUGAAAGAUCAGUUCAAAAUAAUUUAUGUGACACCUAUGAAAGCUUUAGCAGCAGAAAUGACUGCAAAUUUCGGCAAUAGAUUAAAAUCCCUUGGUAUAGCAGUUCGUGAAUUAACCGGAGAUAUGCAAUUAACUAAAUCAGAAAUUCAACAAACACAAAUGAUUGUUACUACGCCAGAAAAAUGGGACGUUCUUACUAGGAAAGGCACCGGAGAUAUUUCUCUCACCAGUAUCGUAAAAUUACUAAUUAUCGAUGAAGUACAUUUAUUACAUGGAGACAGAGGGCCUGUCGUAGAAGCAUUGGUGGCUCGAACUUUAAGACAAGUAGAAUCUUCACAAAAUAUGAUCAGAAUUGUUGGUCUUUCAGCAACUUUACCAAAUUAUGACGACGUUGCAAGAUUUUUAAGAGUGAAUCCUUUUGUGGGACUUUUUUAUUUCGAUCAUCGAUUCCGACCGGUGCCACUUAGUCAAACAUUUAUCGGUGUAAAAGGAGCUUCACCAUUACAACAAACAAAUCAAAUGGAUCGUAUAUGUUACGAUAAAGUUAUAGACAUGGUGCGUAAAGGACAUCAAGUAAUGGUAUUCGUACACGCACGCAAUGCUACUGUUAAAGUGGCAAAUGUAUUAAAAGAUUUAGCGCAGCAAAACAAAACACUCAAUUUGUUUAUACCUGAGGGCCAUGCAAAAUUUGUGAACAAACCUUUUGCUAAAUCGCGUAAUAAACAUUUAACUGAACUGUUUAACAAUGGAUUAUCUAUACACCAUGCUGGUUUAUUACGUUCAGAAAGAAACUUAGUUGAAAAAUAUUUUUCAGAAGGAUUAAUUAAAGUAUUGGUAUGUACAUCAACGUUAGCAUGGGGUGUGAAUUUACCUGCACAUGCAGUUAUUAUAAGAGGAACAGAAAUAUAUGAUUCGAAGCACGGAUCAUUCAUUGAUUUAGAUAUAUUGGAUGUUUUACAAAUUUUUGGUCGAGCCGGUAGACCACAAUUCGAUACAUCUGGACAUGCUAUUAUUAUUACUACUCACAAUAAGUUGUAUCAUUACUUAUCACUAUUAACCAAUCAAAUUCCUAUUGAAAGUAAUUUUAUUAGGUAUUUAGCUGAUAAUCUGAAUGCUGAAAUAGCAUUAGGUACAAUAUCAAAUGUAGAGGAAGCCAUAAAAUGGUUAAGUUAUACUUAUUUAUUUGUUCGCAUGAAACUAAAUUAUAAAGUGUACGGAAUUGCUCAUACAUCAGAAGAUCCAAAUUUGGAAAGAAAACGAAAAGAAUUGAUUGAUGAAGCAGCUAAAGCAUUAGAUAAAGCUAAAAUGAUUCGAUAUAAUAUAAGUACUGGAGAUCUUAGUGCAACAGAACUAGGACGCAUUGCAAGUCACUUUUAUCUUAAAUAUGAUACUGUUGAAAUUUUUAAUGAGUUAAUGAAACCGAUCAUGAACGAAGCAGAAAUACUUGCAAUGAUAUCUCAUGCUCAGGAAUUUGAACAAUUAAAAGUUCGAGAGGAUGAAAUUCAGGAACUAGAAGAUUUAAAGUUAAAAUAUUGUGAACUUAUAGUUUAUUGUAAUGCUGACAACAUGCAGGUAUAUGAUAAAAUAAAUAUUUUAUUGCAAACAUGGUUAUCACAUGGUCUGGUUAAUUCAUUUUCAUUAAUAUCAGACCAAGCAUAUAUUAUACAAAAUGCAGUACGAAUAUGCAGAGCAUUAUUUAAAAUUAUGAUAGAAAAGAAUAGUGCAAUAAUGGCUGGACGAUUAUUAGAUAUGGCAAAAAUGUUUGAAGUGCAACAGUGGAAUUUUAUGACUCCACUAUGUCAAUUCUCUUGUUUACCUUCAGAAAUCAUUGAUAAAAUAAAUACUUUUGAGUUAACACUUGAGAGAUUGAAUGAUAUGAAUGUCAAAGAAAUUGCAGAUAUUUUGCAUAACCAUAAAGUAGCAGCAUUAGUAAAAAAAUGUUGUGAAGAGUUACCUGCAUUAGAAAUGGAAGCAACUGUACAACCCAUUACUCGUACUGUUUUAAGAAUACGUUUGCAAAUAAAUCCACAAUUUCGUUGGAAUGACAAAAUUCAUGGUAAAACUUCAGAAUCCUUUUGGAUAUGGAUAGAAGAUCCGGAUAAUGAUUUUAUUUAUCAUCAUGAAUAUUUCAUUAUGACGAGAAAAAUGGUUUACAAUAAUCUUACGCAAGAACUUGUAAUGACUAUACCAUUGCAUGAACCAUUACCUAGUCAAUACAUAGUAAGAGCAACAAGUGAUCAUUGGUUAAAUUGUGCAAACAUGAUACCUUUAACAUUUCAUGAUCUAAUUUUACCUGAAAUAUACCCGCCAUAUACUGAUUUGUUACAAUUACAACCAUUGCCAGUAAAAGCAUUAAAAGAAAUAUCGUUUGAGCAACUUUAUAAAUUUUCCCACUUCAAUCCAAUACAAACACAAAUUUUUCACUGUUUGUAUCAUACAGAUAACAACGUGCUUUUAGGAGCUCCAACUGGUUCAGGAAAAACAAUUGCUGCAGAAAUUGCUAUGUUAAGAGUAUUCAAACAAUAUCCCACACAGAAGGCCGUUUAUAUUGCACCGUUGAAAGCUUUAGUUAGGGAACGAAUAAAAGACUGGAAAGUUAGAUUGGAGGGAAAGUUGGGCAAAAAAGUAGUAGAAUUAACUGGAGAUGUAACACCAGACAUUAAAGUUAUUUCGAGUGCAAAUGUUAUUGUGACCACACCAGAAAAGUGGGAUGGUAUUAGUAGAAGUUGGCAAACAAGAACUUACGUAAAGAAUGUUGCACUUAUAAUUAUAGAUGAAAUUCAUCUACUAGGAGAAGACCGUGGUCCGGUAUUGGAAGUUAUUAUUUCACGAACAAAUUUUAUUUCAUCCCACACUUUGAAGCCUGUGAGAAUUGUUGGACUCUCGACAGCAUUAGCCAAUGCAGUAGAUCUUGCAAAUUGGCUUGGUAUUAAAGAAAUGGGUUUAUACAAUUUUCGUCCAUCUGUACGGCCUGUACCAUUGGAAAUUCAUAUUAAUGGAUUCCCUGGAAAACAUUAUUGUCCCCGAAUGGCAACGAUGAACAGACCAACUUUCCAAGCAAUCAGGCAACAUGCACCUACCAGUCCAUCUCUGGUGUUUGUGUCAUCACGUAGACAAACAAGAUUAACUGCAUUAAAUUUAAUUGCAUACCUUGCAGCAGAAGAUAACCCUAAACAAUGGUUACAUAUGCCUGAUGAAGAGAUGGACAGCAUCUUAGAUCAGAUAAAGGAUUCAAAUUUAAAACUUACACUUGCUUUUGGAAUUGGACUUCAUCAUGCUGGACUUCAAGAUAAAGAUAGAAAAACUGUUGAAGAAUUAUUUGUUAAUAAUAGAAUUCAGGUAUUAAUUACUACAGCUACUUUAGCAUGGGGUGUAAAUUUCCCUGCACAUUUGGUAGUAAUAAAAGGAACGGAAUAUUAUGAUGGUAAAACGAAACGUUAUGUAGAUAUGCCAAUUACAGAUGUACUACAAAUGAUGGGCCGUGCAGGCAGACCUCAGUUUGAUAAUUCUGGGGUGGCAGUAGUAUUGGUUCACAAUUUAAAGAAAAGUUUUUAUAAAAACUUUCUGCAUGAGCCAUUCCCAGUAGAAUCAAGUUUAUUAGCAGUUUUACCAGAUCAUAUAAAUGCUGAAAUUGUCGCUGGUACAAUUAAAAAUAAACAAGAACUGUUAGAUUAUUUUACAUGGACAUAUUUCUUUAGGAGGUUAUUGAAAAAUCCUCAAUAUUAUAAACUAAAUGAUUUAAACCCCAAUACAAUUAAUCAAUAUUUAUCUUCUUUGGUAAAUAGUACACUAAAAGUAUUAAUGGAUUCACAGUGUACUGACUUUGAUGAGGAAAAUCAAAUGUUAGUUCCUCUCCCAAUGGGUAAAAUAGCAUCAUUUUAUUACUUAUCAUACCAAACUAUGCUUAUGUUUGAACAAUCACUGCAAGAAUCCGUUUCCUUAGAGCAGUGUCUACACAUUUUAAGUGACUCUUAUGAGUAUAAUGAAUUACCAGUCAGACAUAAUGAAGAGUUAUUAAAUGAAGAAUUAAGUAAAAUGUGUCGCUAUUCAGUAAAUAACUAUACGUACGAUUCUCCCUAUACCAAAGCAUUUCUAUUACUGCAAGCACAUUUCUCACGGCUACCUUUACCUUGUGCAGACUAUAUUACAGAUCUGAAAUCAGUACUAGAUCAAGCAAUCAGAAUCAUACAGGCAAUGAUAGAUACUGUUGCAGACCGUGGGUGGUUAGCGAGUACGCUUACAAUAAUACAGUUACUUCAAAUGAUUAUUCAAGCCAGAUGGAUUGACGAACCGGCAAUAACUACAUUACCACACAUAAAUUCGGAACAUUUACAACUGUUCUCAAAAUUAUCACCAGUUCUUCCAAUGUUGUGUGAUACUACGUACAAUAAUUUUAAUUUACUUGUGCAAGCGCUUCGUGAAGAUUUCCAACUAGAAGAGAUAUAUCAGAUACAUCAAGCAAUAAGAGAAAUGCCAAUACUCUGCAUUGAUUUAAGUUUAGCAGGUUAUGAGUUCGCUGAUGUUAAACCAAAGUCUAUUCCAUUACAAUCUAAUACUUUUAAUUGUAUAAACGUUCAUAAAGAUCAAGAUUAUAUAUUACACGUUGGAAUGAAAAGAAAAAACAAAUCCAAUAAUUUAAAAGCACACUGCCCGAUGUUUCAGAAAGGAAAGGACGAAGGUUGGUUUAUAGUUUUAGGUAGUACUUAUGAUAAAGAAUUAUUGGCUCUGAAACGAAUAUGUGGAAUAAACACAGAACGAAGAUGUCAUCAAUUACAAUUUACAGCGCCAUCAGAAUUAGGAAAAACAUUAUUGACAUUCUACUUAAUGUCCGAUUGCUACAUAGGAUUAGAUCAACAGUAUGAUAUACAAAUAAAUAUAGUACCCUAAUAUAACUAAAUAAAGACUGAUAAUAUAUGUGCAGGAAAAAUGUAUUUCCUUUAAAACAAUAAACACAUAUAAAAUA